AUGACAGCCGCCGCCGCCGCCCCGCUUGACGACGCCAAGGCCAAGAAUGUUAUCCGCCAGGUGGAAUUCUAUUUUAGCGACAGCAACCUCCCCCGCGACGGGUUCCUACGUAGGACCGUCGAGGAAAGCGAGGAUGGGUUGGCGAGCUUGGCUCUCAUCUGUUCCUUCUCGCGGAUGAGGUCACACCUAGGUCUCGAAGGGGAUGUGAAACCGGAUACCGUGCCAGAGGAGACCGUACUUGCAGUUGCUGACGUCUUGCGCCGUUCCACAGCCCUCCGUGUAUCAGAGGAUGGAAAGAAAGUUGGUAGGUCUAAGGAGUUGUUGAAGCCAGAUGAGGUUAAUGAGCAAGUGGACUCUAGGACAGUUGCUGCAUCACCGCUUCCUUACAAUGUAAAACUGGAGGAAGUCGAAUCUUUUUUUGCUCAGUGUGGCAAGGUAAAUAGUGUGAGGCUACCUCGACAUGUUUCUGACAAAAGGCAUUUCUGUGGCACUGCUUUAGUUGAAUUUUCAGACGAAGAUGAAGCAAAAGGAAGGAAUUUGAUACUGAAAGAGAGGCAAAGAAAGAAGCAUACGAAAAGUCACAUCCUAAUAAGAGUCGUCAUGGUGAAGGGUCUGAUUCUGGCCUUCAAGCUGAAGAAAAUUGCAGUUGAUAGUGAGACAGAAAAAAAUGGUGGGGGCAAAGUAGAUGACACUGACCUUACCAAGAAUGAAGGAGCUUCCGAUGCUACAGAGAAAUCUAGCGUAGAGAAUGAAGAGAAGAUCCCUGAGAAUAAAGGCAAUGUGAGUGAGGAGCAGUCAGAUGCCGUUGAGGAAUUGAAAGGGGUAUCUGCUGGGGAAACUUCACAUUCUGUUGACAAGGAUGAUAAAAGCCCUUCAGACAAUGAUCAAGAUACAAUCUCGAGGGAGGAUUUAAAAGAAGAAUUCACUAAAUUUGGCACAGUGCGGUAUGUGGACUUCAGCAUUGGGGAAGAUUCUGGAUUCAUUCGGUUCGAGGAUUCCACAGCAGCUGACAAGGCCCGUGCAUUUGCAGCCAUUGCAGAUGAAGGUGGUUUGACUAUGAAAGGCCACAUAGUCACUUUGGAACCUGUGUCUGGUCAAGCCGAAAAAGAUUAUUGGAGUGCAAUUCGAGGCGGUCAGGAGAAAUAUAAAGAUAGCCGAAACAACAGAGGACGAGACUGGAAGAAUAACAGAGGCGGAAAGCCGUUUGGUGGUGGGAAGCGGGGGCGCCACUUUGACUCCCGUGAUAGGGCCUCCAAUAAAGCUCAGAAAGUUUAG